GCCGGUACAUGUAAAUGAUCCUUCCUUAUCGAAACCACUCGCAAUACAACCAUUAUGGCAGGUUUAGUAGAUUAUGGAAGCAGCGACGAGGAGGACUCUCUUCAGAUUGACAAGCCGCAGAGCUCUUCAAACACUUCUGGCGAUUUAAUAUCCAACAAUUCUACUGCAAAUGGCACAGCAAAAGAUGUGCAGCCACAUGCGAGAGGGUUUCCGCCUACAGAAGAUCCACAGACUAUUGAACUACCAAGCAAUCCAAAACCAAACGCUCCACUCGUUGGUCCUCAACUGGGACCAGUCGAGGCGACGGACUUCUCAGAAGUAGAGGAUCUCAUGAACGGGGAACGCGAUGGAGAACCACAGUCACCAUACUCCGCGAACCGAGCUUUGUUACGAGAUCUCACCCUCCCGACUGUCCCUAAUUACGAUAUUCCCCCUUCACCUCCAGGUUCACCAGUUACCAGCACGAACGCGAAAUUUAAGCAUUUCCUCGACCUCAAAAAGCAGGGGACACAUUUCAAUGAAAAGCUUGCAAAGUCAGCGGCGCUCAAAAAUCCGAGUUUGAUGCAGAAGCUCAUGGACUUUGCGGAUAUUGACGAGGCGGAACAAUACGCAACAACCCUUCCUCAGGAUCUAUGGAAUCCGGCCGGAUUUCCCGAGUAUGCUUACAAAGAGGAACUCUCGAAAAGCCAACAAAAAAUCUUGAAGGAACGAGAGGAAAAGAAAGCUCGAGGCCAGAGGGAAGCUCUGGACUUCGUACCUGCAACAGCCUCGGGCGAAACUCGCAGCGCGAUUUCAAAUACCAGUAGCAUUAAUGGAAAGGGACAAAAAAGCACUGCCGAACGAAUCAUGGCGGGACUCGAUAAGGGUAGGCCUAAUUCGUCAAACACGCAAGGCGUCAAGAGAAAGACAAGAUUUGAAAGUUGAGAUUCACGGCCUAUUGAUGAAAAUCCAUUCAAAACUACAACAAGCCGUUUCAAGCUUCGACUUGAGGACUAGGUACGACUUCGAGUCUUUACUGAAGAGGUACGAGAUAGAUUUAAGCAAAGACCUUGGGACACUUAGAAGACUCGAGGUUCCGUCAUCAUAAGGUACCGGGGUAGAGAGCCUUGGUCGACAUCAGAUGACAAGAGACCUAGAGACUAUGUUUUACAAUGGUCCAGCAGACCCCUUCUGAUAUUGUUUACACUACUCGUGUAUUCACAAGACCCGCGCAUGCAUAUAUAUCACGAGAUAUUGUAUUUGACUAAUCCCAGCUCGAAGGGAAUCGGUUCAAACUAGAAUUUGGGUUGAGGCUCUCGAGAUAUUUGAUGAUAUUGCAUGUGUGAGGGCGAAGAACUAGACAAAAUCUAGACUGAUGCAAAUUUCAGCCCAAAACAUCUUACUCGUGGCUUAAUAAAUCUUCACCCCCA